UUCCGUUCCUCGAGUUCCUCUUGAGUCGGUCGCAUACUAAGUCGCCUAGAAACAUACAUAAUAAUGUUAAUAUGUAUUUAGAGUUUAAUGAGUGGGGAAAAUUACGAAGGUCAGGGGUUAGGAGAGUGCAAAAUCUGCAACAGCUGGUCGAACAAACAAGUGAUUCAUCCAGACAUUAUAUUUGUAUCAUUUUAUCCGGCGUUUACAGCGGAAAGUUUGUCGUGAACAAUUAUUUUUACGGUGCAUUCUUUUUUCUCUUGGAGUGAUUUGUGUGAUUAUUAUUCCGAUGAGGAUGAAGAUUCUAAACCUGAAGUGAAAACAAAAGCAACGGCAGAUUCUGAUAGAUUGGAAGCAAUGGAGAAAGAACUACGUCGAGUUAAUUCACAAAUAGAAAUGUUGUUGAUGAAAUUAUUGAACGAUAAAACUGUAAUUUCUGGAGGAGGAAGUGGAACAAAUGAUGUAACGAGAACUAUAAUAACUCGUACACCAGUAAUCAAUGGUGGAACGAGUGAUGUAUCUGGAGGAAAUAAUGUUAGAACAAAUGAACGAACUAUUAUUACCAGAACAAAUAAUGGAGUAACUACUACUGGUACAGGUGGAGGAACAGGUGGAGGAUCAGGUGGAGGAAUAGGAAUAACUGGUCUGAUACCAGGAAUAAGUGGUGGAGGAAAUGGAAUUAGUGGAACUAUUGGAGGUCUCGUACCAGGAAUCAGUGGUGGAGGAAAUGGAAUUAGUGGAACUAUUGGAGGUCUUAUACCAGGUGCUGGUGGAAUAGGAGGAAAGAUAGGAGGAGGACUCAUACCAGGAAUCAGUGGUGGAGGAAGUGGAAUUAGUGGAACUAUUGGAGGUCUUAUACCAGGUGCUGGUGGAAUAGGAGGAAACAUUGGAGGUCUUAUACCAGGAGGAAAAAUAAGUGGCGGAGCUACUAUUAGCGGAGGUGGUGGAGGAGGAGCUGGUGGAACCGGAGGUGGUAUUUCUGGAGCAAUCGGUGGUGGCGGAGGAGCUGGUGGAACCGGAGGAGGUAUUUCUGGAACGAUAGGUGGUGGAUCAGGAGGUGGAGGAGCAAUCGGUGGAACUGGAGGUGGCAUUUCUGGAACGAUAGGGGGUGGAUCAGGAGGUGGAGGAGCAAUCGGUGGAACUGGAGGUGGCAUUUCUGGAACCAUAGGUGGUGGAUCAGGCGGAAUGUCCGGAGGUGGUAUUUCUGGAACUUUAAGUGCUGGAUCAAAUGGAUUUUCUGGAGGAGCAAGUAACAAAAUAGGUGGUGGUGGUGGAAUCGGAGGUGGAAUAAUGAGUGGUAGUGGUUUAUCUGGAGUAAGCAGUGGAUUAGGAUCAGGAGGUAGUUUUAGUGCUGGCUUUAGUACAUCAGGCUAGAAAUACGAUCAUGUAUAAAUCAAUCUAAUAUAAUGUCCAUGUAUAAUAUUUGAUUAAUUUAAAACUAAAUACGUAGAAUUAAUAAAUUGUAUUAAUUGCAAUG